GCCACGCGCGCCCUUCGCGCGCUUAAGUCCUACCCAGGCACAGGGACCGGAUGCGUCGCGAAGCGAAUGAGGUGGGGAGCGGUUGCAGGAAAAGCGGUGGAUAACUGGUGACUCACUGAGGACUGCCAGGCAUAUAAUCCACCCAGUGGCCCUCGAAUUUCAUUAAAGAGUAAGGGUCACUAGUUGAAAUUUCGCUGACCAUGCCCUUCAAUUCAACAAACAUGUCCACAAUCACAGGGUCAGGCAACGCAUAGGAGGCGUACGCGCAGACAAUACUGGUGAGGCUGAGGUCCCUUUCUCGUGCUGCGCGGAGGAGAUCUGGGAUAUGCGGCGCAAGGGUCCGGAAUAUCUCGUCCGUCUGGAGAUUCCGCUCAGUCAUGCUCAGGCCGAACACAAUUUCGGACAAAUGAUUGACUUGUUUAUCCUUUAUCAGAUCCGGCAGGGCUUCCAGCACCGCAAGGGUUGCGUGCUCGCGAAGGAGGGCAUGCUCGCCUGCGGAAAGGCCAGCGGAGACAACGCCGUCUAGGCGUCCCAGACUAUAGAUCACAUUGCCCAGAUAGUGUCCCCUCUCGGUCCAAACACUACGACUGAUCUGGCGGUUCUUGAAACUGCUGCUCGACUUCCAGCCUGGAAUGUCCUUCAUCACCAUGAAGAGCAGGUUUUUCCAUGCAUUCGUCUGCCCCGCCUGACUCGAAGCCUCGAAAUCAACUCUUGACAGCCGAAGCAGGAUCGAUGCCCGGUGUAACAUAUCGGUGUCCUCAUGCUCGAAGAGGCUGAAGAGCUCGUCACUCGUCAUUGCGGCUUGGAUGUUCUUCAUCAGACUCGAGGGGGACAUGCAGAAGCAACGCACAUCUCGAGCAUACCUCCGCUCCCUCAGAAAGCAUCGCGGCCAGGCACCAUGACCGCGAACUGGGUCGAGGGUUCUCCCAUGCGGGCGACUCGCCGCCCUGCCCGCAGAAGCAGAGCUGCACAGGAACAGUGCUCCGUGGCUGCACACAGCAGCUGCGAUGGCAGUGUAAAAGCAUGUCAAUGUUCCACCAGCACGCCGUCCACGGUGCAAAACCAUUCGCGCGACAAGCAGGACGCCAACUGAGAAGAGCAAGCCUGGCCCGUGCAUGCCUCGACACCUGAAACCAAACCGGCUUGGGCCAGCGCCGCUGGAGCCAAAACGGCGACGGACGGAAGAGGACAUGGAGCAGACUGAGAAGCAGCAGCGCUGGGAGAAGGAGGAGGGAUGGGAGAACAACAGAGGCCGAGGGGCCCCUGACCGAUGCGGCUUGGUUCUUGCUUGCCUGCCACCCUCCCGGCGCCAUGCCGCGCGAGAGCGGCGCUGGCCCAGGUCGCGCACGCCACUUCGCGCACCUCGCCCAGCGAGGCGCGGCGCGCGGGCACCUCCGCGCCG